AGACGAGUGAAAAAGAUUCCCCUGUCCUACUAAGCCUAACCGUUUUUUAAUUUCUAGCGACAAAUCCUGUUAUCUUAAACGACGAAUCUACUUCUUUUAUCGACGUGGCGGGAAAGAUAUUCAAUAGAAGAAAAAAAUGUGAUCAUCAAUUACAAAACAAAUAAAACAAAAACAACGAACGCAGCUCUUAAAUCUGUUUAAUAACCAUUAAUCCUAAGACCCAUAGCAAAAUGUUGAAAUCACAAUUAAGGCUAGGGUUUUUCUACUUGAUUAUGUCGCAGUUUUGUAAUGUGACAUAAAAAAAUGGCUGAUAAUAGCUCUCCCAGUAUGGACGCCGCGCAGGCAAUUACAGCUCUUAAAAAGGGUGCGUAUUUGCUCAAGUAUGGUCGCUGGGGGAAACCAAAAUUCUGUCCAUUUCGUCUUUCUAAUGAUGAGAGAUAUUUGAUAUGGUAUGCUGGCAAAGUGGAGAAACAACUUAAACUAAGCCAUGUUACAAGAAUUGUGCCGGGACAACAUACUGCAAUUUUUCAGCGUUACCCUCAGCCUGCUAAGGAAUAUCAGUCAUUUUCUCUUAUAUACAGUCAUAGAUCCUUGGAUUUGAUAUGUAAGGACAAGAUUGAAGCUGAGGUCUGGAUUGUUGCCCUUAGAACUUUAAUCUCAAAGGGUAGCUGCUACAAAUUAGCAAGUGAUGCACCGAGUGAUGGUAGUAACACAAGAAGCCAUACACGACAAUCAAAUGUCUCAUGUGCUAGCAGUGAUAUAAUCUAUAAGGAUCCAAGGGACACCCACCCAGUCCUAGUUCCUUAUGAAACGUCUCCUCAGAAUAGGCUGGGGAAAGCUUUUUCUGAGGUAUUAUCAUACACUGCAGCAGCAAAGGCUUACACUCAAGCUGAAUCAGUUUCCAGGUCUCUCGGCUAUUUGUCAUCUGGAAUCAUAGAUGAAUCAGAUAGGCCCAGUUCUACAGUUAAUGCAUUUCGAAACAGUUCAUCAAGUGCUGUGAGUUCAUCUGGCUAUGGAUCUUCUCAUGAAGAUGUUGAAAGUUCAUGUGAUAUAUUAUUCUGGGGAGAAGGAAUUAGUAAUGUGCCGCUGGGUGCCAAUACACAUGAUGCCAAAAGCUCUUCAAUGACGAGAAUGGAUGCUCUUCUGCCGAAGGCACUGGAUACAAUAUUAUCUCUUGAUGCCCAAAUUAUUGCAUGUGGUAAUAAGCAUGCUGUUGCUGUCACAAAACAGGGCCAGAUCUUUAGUUGGGGAGAAGGUUCUGGUGGUAAACUCGGGCAUGGAAUGGAAGAUGACGUGUCUCAGCCAAAAGUUAUUGAUUCUCUAAGUGAAUCAACUAUUGUACUAGCAGCAUGUGGCGAAUUUCACACUUGUGCUGUAACACUUUCAGGAGAUCUUUAUACUUGGGGUCAUGAUACCCAUAAUACUGGUCUUCUUGGCCAUGGUAGAGUAGUCAGUUACUGGAUCCCUAAAAAAAUAAUUGGUCAAAUGGAGAGUGUGCACAUAGAAUUUGUCUCUUGUGGACCUUGGCACACCGCAGCUAUUUCAUCAGAAGGUGGAUUAUUCACAUUUGGAGAUGGAACUUUUGGCGCCCUGGGCCAUGGUGAUCGCAGUAGCACAAGCAAGCCUAGGAGAGUUGAAAGUUUGAAAGACCUAAGAACUGUUAAGGUAUCAUGUGGCAUAUGGCACACAGCAGCAGUCGUGGAUUCUACCCCCAAAAGUGACAGAUCUGGUGGUUGUUUUUAUGGGAAACUUGUUACUUGGGGGGAUGGGAAGAAAGGGAAAUUAGGGCACGGUGACGAACAGCCUAAGCUAGUUCCAUCUUUUGUAGCAAUGCCAGAUGGCACAAACAUAUGUCAAGUUGCUUGUGCACAUAGCAUGACUGUUGCUCUAACAGUCUCGGGUCAAGUAUAUACAACGGGAUGUGCUGUUUAUGGACAGGCUGGAAAUCCUUGCAGUAUUAGUAGUAAGAUUCCCGUUCAUGCCGAUGGUGAUAUUAAAAACUCUCACGUGGAACAGAUAGCAUGUGGUUCUCAUCAUGUUGCAGCUCUGAGUUCAAGUGGUGAAGUUUAUACUUGGGGAAAGGGUACAAAUGGUCAAUUAGGACAUGGAGACAUUAAGGACAGGCAUACUCCUACACUGGUCAAAGCUUUGAAACAUAAACAAGUGACGAGUGUUGUGUGUGGCUCCAACUUUACUACUAUAAUAUGUACUCACAAAUGUAUAUCUAGUUCUGAUCAAUCCAUAUGUUCUGGUUGCCGCAGUGCGUUUAAUUUCAAAAGAAAGCGGCAUAACUGUUACAAUUGUGGGCUACUCUUUUGUAAGGCAUGCAGCCGUAAGAGGUCUUUGAGGGCUGCUCUGGCACUUGAUGUGAACAAGCCUUCUCGAGUUUGUGAUGAAUGUUUUAAUAAGUUAAAAACAACCAUGAAGCAUCAUGUGCCGAUAUUGCUAAUACCGAAGAGCUGUAAAGGAAGUACACGACACUCCUCUAAUGAGAAAACGGAGACUGAAAGCCCGACUUCUGAUGCUCUGCGACUCUCCAGGCUUUCCUCUCUUGAUUCAUUUAAGCAAUCACUAAGACAACAUUCCCAGUACGGUAAGAAAGCAGAUACUUGCAAGUCCCAGGCCUCUCCAACCCAAUUUGAGAAUGUACGAUGGGAACCAACAAAUGGAUGUGAAGGUUUAAGAAUGAUGUCUGCCUCCGUCCCUGGUUCACGGAUGCUUUCUCGAGCAGCCUCACCUGUCUCAAGGAGGUCGACUCCACCUCGUUAUCAGAGAACAUCUUCAGCUUCUGAUAAUCUUGAAAAUGCAGAAUCCUUAUCUGAUAACUCAGAACAAAGAAAGGAGAGAUCUAGCCAAGAAGUAAUACUACUAAGACGACAGGUAGCAGAACUUACUCGCAAAUCCCAGAUCCUUGAAGCAGAUGUUGCUAGAAUAUCAUGGCAAUUGAAAGAGGCAACUGAAACAGUAAAGAAGGAAAAAGAGAAAAACAAGGUUGCAGAGGAAACAAUUAGAUCUCUAACUGCAGAGGUUAAGAACAUGGCCAAAAGCAUGCCUGAACAGUGUAUUGCAAGCACUAAAACAGGUUCACUUGCUGAGAUGACAUCCAUUCUCGUGACGCAGAUCUCUUCAGAGAAUCAUUCACCCGGCCUGACCUAUUUGGAGUAUGAGUUUAAUGGCAAGCUAACAGUUCCAAUUUUAACAAAUAAAAGUGGAAAAAGAUCUGAAGUACUGGAGAGGAUAACGAAAGAAAAGCCCAGCAUGUAUAUUACUCCGUCCCUGCUGCCACAGAUUAAAUUCAGACAUUAUCGAUAGACAAAAAAGAUCUGUUGCCUCUUCUCGAUUGUCAACAAUUCAAUCUUCGGUUGCUGCUGCUAGACCUAUUCUACCAUGAGUAUCAUUUGCUUAUCCAGAGCUAAAAAUGUUUGAGCAAGGAAGCGCCUUAGAAAUUGAGAAAUGACAAAUUUCACCAUACUGAACGGGGAAUAGUACAUUUCCUCCAAACGUAAGGUCUCCUCAUUCCUUGAACAUCUAGUUAUGGAUGCUCUUUCGGCUUAUUUCGUGACUUUAAUGUGAAGCAAGACUGUCUCUAGAGCCAGGAGCACUCGCUACACAACUACCGGUGAAAAAUACUGUAAUCGGUAAAGGAAUGAAGAUGGCCUAGAAGAUUGAAACGAGCAGAUCUUCUUCUAUCUGUUUUUAUUUGUCUUCAGGCAUUGUACAUAUUCUAAUGUUAUUACAUGAACAUGAUGUUCAAUUUAAUCCAAUUUCUCUGCUGAGAAGUUUACACUACAAGCAAUUAAGUCUAGUUGCUGCAAUAUCCAAUAUGAGCUCUAAAAUGUAUAAAAAUUUCAUUGAUAUAACUUAUAAAAUCUAUUCGUUCCUGAAUUUA